CCUUCCUUUUGCCGCAGCAGCUAAGAAACUUCCCCACCCGAAACCCUCGCCGCCUCCACCAGCCAUCACCAUGCCGCCGACGACCCCCGUUCCAUCUCUGCCGGAAGAGCUUCUCGAGGAGGUCUUCCUCCACCUCCCGCCGGACGAGCCGGAGCACCUCGUGCGCGCCUCCCUCGCCAGCAAGCUCUGGCUCGGCCUCCUCACCGGCGCUCGCUUCCGCGGCCGCUACCGCGACUUCCAUGGAGCUCCCCCCAUGCUCGGCUUCCUAUAUACCCUGCCCUUCUUAUGUUCCAGUCCGCCGUCGACAGACCCCCGCCCACACUUCGUCUCCACCACGAAAUUCGCCGCACGCAUUCCCGACGACCUCCGGGGGCACUCGGAGUACGAUGCGCAGGACUGCCGCCAUGGCCGCGUUCUCAUCAGGUGUAAGGAUCUGGGACACAGGAUGCUCUUCAUUUGGAACCCCAUGACGGGCUGUUCCACGGAGCUGCGCCCGUCCACAGAAUACAUGGAGGCCGAAAGCCAUGGGGCUGCGGUGCUCUGCGCCCUCACCGGCUGUGACCACCGCGCGUGUCACGAGGGCCCCUUCCGGGUCGUCUUUGUCUACCUGGACCAGGAUGAGGGCGAGGGUGUUUGUGUUGCAUCCGCAGCCGUGCUCUUGUCUGAUUCUGAUUCCAGCAAGCGGCCCAAUGGCAAAUGGUGUGAGCCGUGCUCUCGUCUUCAUCUUGUGGACGAUGCAUUCAUUGAGGCAAGACCCCCAGUCCUCGUCCAAGACGCACUUCACUUCAUGCUUAGGCACUAUGAGGAUUAUCGUCGUGUAGGAAUUCUCAAGUAUGACUUGGGCUCUAACUGCUUAUCACUAAUUGACGCGCCAUUGGAGGGGCCUGUCAUUGACGAUGCCGCCACACUCAUGGCGAUGGAGGAUGACAGCUUGGGACUUGCACAUGUGGAAAGGUUAACCCUCAAUCUGUGGUCAAGGCAGAUGGCUUCUCACGGAGUUGCCUCAUGGACUCAGCGUGCAAUCGUCGAUCUUGGGAACCUUCUCCCCAUUCAAAAUCCCGAGGAAGAUCUUGAACUGCUUGGAUCUGUGGAGGGCAGUGAUACUGUGUUCGUGACCACGGACAUGGGCAUCUAUGAGAUUAAUCUCAAGUCACUACGAUGGAAGAAGCUGUGGAAGACAGACAAGUUCUGUGCUUUGAUUCCGUACAUGAGUUUCUACAACCGCUGAGAGUGAUGCGGUGAAUUGACAACAUAUGGUUGAGUAUGUUUAAGCCAGGAGGCGACUCUCAUCAUCACAAAAGAUGACCAACUUGGAGGCGACAGUGGUCUCUUGAUGAAUUAUGCCAUUAUUUAGUAGCUGGUUUGGUGCAGUGGUUCUUGUUUUAUCAUAUUGUUAUUGGCUUUUGUCAGUAAGCUUGACAGGUCCCCGUGUUGUCUUAUGCCAUUAUUUAGUAGCUGGUUUGGUGCAUCGUAAGCGAGUGAUUGGAUUAUGUUUGUAAUGAACCUCUAAUUUCUUGCAGCUUCAGCUAUGUGGCAUCUUGUAAUUUGCUCAAAAAUGCAUCUGCAGACAAUAUCUUAGUGUUUCCAUUUAAAAACUUGUACAGUUUGCUCUCCCAGCUUUGAUCCAAUAUCUGAAUUCUCAUCUUCAAAAAGAGGUGAUGAGACAUGUCUAGAGCU